AAAACAUCUGUUUACAUUGGUUACAUAAGAACGCACAUUGACAUACUGUCUCUUUAUAAGCCUUUCGUCUAACUGGCGAAGUCAGAUAUCCUUAAAUUUUAAUCACAUUGCGUUUCCUGUGAUUUAAUUCGUUUUAAAAUGGAAAAUUUACGUCACUCCGUUGCAUUGGUGGAGCGGCCAUCGCCAGACGACCUAGGCGUUCAACUGGUUGACUCAGAAAGGUCUGGAAGGAGAUCUCAGAGCGACUUGGUAGAAUUGGCUACUCAAAUCCAGCAUGCUGAUAACUUUACUCGGUCCAAUGUCUGCAAUAAGCUUCAAGUAAUUGCAGAACAAGUAAGAUUUCUCCAUGAACAAGCCAGAAGAAUCCUUGAAGAAACUAAAGAAGCUGAGAGCUUGCAUCAUCUUGCAUGUAAUUUCAAAAAAAUCCCUGGAAAAACAUACUAUCUUUAUCAAAGAACUUCAGGCCAGAAAUAUUUCUCCAUGCUAUCCCCAGAGGAAUGGGGUGCAAGCUGCCCCCACACUUUCUUGGGAGGCUAUAGACUGGAAGCUGAUAUGUCCUGGACUCCAGCUGCGAAAGUUGAGAAAAAGGAUAAUGAGUUACGUUUAAUCGAUCAGAUAUUAGAUGGUAACAAAACUUUAUCAGCGGCGAUUGACAUGGAUCGAAAGUUACCUCAAGGCCAAAUAACCUUCAACUAAAUCUCCAAGAUGAAAAUCGUCCUUUAUCGACCGUUGCUAUUUGAAUUUGGUAUGCUCAGUUUUAAUUGCAUACAACUCUAUUACGUGCUGAUAUACAAUUUUUAAAGAAA